AUGACGCCAAGAGAGACCCGGAGGAUCACAUAUUGGCAUACGAAGGCCAUAUGCUACUGUACACUGAUACGGACUCAGUAUGGUGUAAGGGAGAAAACUACCGGCAAGCUGAUGUCUAUCAAGCAGGGAGACUCAGAGAGCUUGAAUGACUAUGUGGGGCGCUUCAAUGCAGAAGCCGUCACCAUCCCUAGUCUGCAGCAGGAGGUAGCGGUCUUAGCCCUGAUGAUACGCUUAAAAAAGAAGGGACUACUUUCAGAAGCUACCUGGUCGCAAAAAGCUGAUAAGCCUAACAGAAGUCUUGGGAAGGCGAAUGACUUCAUCCAAGGAGAAGAUUUCCACAAGGUGGCAACUGCUAAAAGGCCAGAAAAAGAUGGAAAGGAGAAGGAGAAAGACAAGUUUCGGAAGGACAAGAAGCCGGACAAUUCCGGCAGGAGGGAGGAAAAUAAUUCGGUAAAGAAGGGUCAGCAAGGGCAAUCUGACCGUUAUCGCAAUUAA